UUUACCAUCUCAUCCCAUCAGAAAGAAAAUGCUCAAAGACGCGCUUCAAAAUGAUAUAGAGGCGGAAGAUCAUUUAUCGUACAUUAAAUUUGCUCUUUCUUUAGCCACAAAAUCCCCACCGAAGCCUACCAAUUACCGAGUUGGAGCCGUUGUGGUGAACGCAGCCACAAAUGAGAUACUGGCAACAGGCUAUACACUAGAGCUUCCAGGGAACACGCACGCUGAACAAUGCUGUUUUGAGAAGAUUUCAGAGAGGAACAGUGUACCAGCAAGUCGCCUAGACGAGAUCCUCCCUAAUGAAGUCAUACUUUACACAACAGUUGAGCCAUGUUCACAAAGGCUCAGCGGCAAUAUGCCAUGCGUGGAUAGGAUAUUAGCUAUUGGAAACAAGAUUAAAACCGUCUAUGUCGGGGUUUACGAGCCAGAAAAGUUCGUAAGUGGUAACUCCAGCAAGCAGAAGUUGAAAGAUGCCGGUAUUGGAUUUAUCCACGUCACUGGACUUGAGAAGGAGAUAAUAGAAGUUGCGACAGCGGGCCAUGAGAAAUCUACCUAAUAUGAAUACGAGCUUGUUUUGGAGAAGAUAAAUCUGAAUUCGUCUUGUCUUAACCUAAAAAUGUCUCGCGUUUCAUCGAAUUGUUACUUGAGAUUAAUCUCAUCCGCGGUCCUUCGCACUACUUCAGGGCUAGGUACGUACGCAGGCUGGCAGGUACUCAUAAACUACCAGCUCAUUGGGGACAAUUGCUCAAUCUAUUUACUUAAUAGAAAACUCGGUUGUCGAGAUAGGAGAGACUGGAUUUUUCAAAAAGAAAGAAAUAUUGAUUCGAAGUAUCUCUUUAGAAGAGAUGCAUCGGGAAUUGAGCCCGAUGCGGGGGUCGAACCCGCAACCUUGAGAUUAAGAGUCUCACGCUAUUUGGACUGUUAGUGUCACAUGGUUAAAGGACUAUGCGGCAAUCAACUAACCUCUACCGAUUGAGCUAACCGGGCUGAUUCCGGGGGAACCGGAAGUGGUUGUGUUCUCGCGAUUUGAGGUAUA